UUUUUUUUUCAUGAAUUGUCACGGGUGGCAAGCAGUAUAUAAACGACAGAUCGAUUGAAAAAGUGUCAGACUUUAUUAUGACUCAGUUUUAAUAAAAAUAAAAAUAAAUAAUCUAUAUUGUAGUUUUAUAUUAGUUAGUUAAUUAUAAAUAAUGCAGAGUGUAAUUAAUUCAGUAAAAGGAACAGCCCUGGGUGUUGCUGAGUAUCUAACCCCUGUUCUUAAGGAAAGUAAAUUUCGGGAAACAGGUGUAUUAACACCAGAAGAAUUUGUAGCAGCGGGUGACCAUCUAGUUCAUCAUUGUCCAACAUGGCAAUGGGCAACUGGAGACGAAGAUAGAACUAAAUCAUAUUUACCUAAAAAGAAACAAUUUUUAUUGACACGUAAUGUUCCAUGUACACGCAGAUGUAAACAGAUUGAGUAUUGUGACGAGCAAGAACGUAUUAUAGAAGCUGAUGACCCUGAAGGCGGUUGGGUGGACACCCACCACUACGACGCCAGUGUCGGAGGAAUUGAUGAAAAAGUUUCGGAGAUGACGUUAGAAGACACGACGCAGCAGCCUCCAGAUGCUGAUGAUGAUGACGAAGAUGAUGAAGAGGCUGCUGACAUGGAGGCUUUUGAAGUCAGCGGGAUGCUUGAUGAGCAAGAUAAGUAUGCAGCAGAAACUAAAAAACCAGUUAAGGAAAAAAAAGAUAACUUUCCUGAAGGCGAAAUAAUUCAUACGAGAACUUAUGAUCUCCAUAUCACUUAUGACAAAUAUUAUCAGACGCCACGACUGUGGCUAUUUGGUUACGAUGAAAAUCAAAAACCACUUACGGUCGAAGAAAUGUAUGAAGAUGUUAGUCAGGAUCAUGCUAAGAAAACUGUCACUAUGGAGACACAUCCUCAUUUACCUGGACCUCCUAUGGCUUCUGUUCAUCCUUGCAGACACGCAGAAGUUAUGAAAAAAAUAAUAGAGACAGUGAUGGAAGGCGGAGGUGAAUUAGGAGUCCACAUGUAUCUCAUAAUCUUUCUUAAGUUUGUCCAGUCAGUAAUUCCGACAAUCGAGUACGAUUACACGCAAAAUUUCAUGCUAUCUAGUUCAAGUUAAAAGUUUUCCAAUGCUCAGUGUCAAAAAUAAAAUUAUGAAAGACAGUUUCGCAGAGUAAAAUGUUUUUACAUUUUGUACCAUGAUGCAUUUUGCAAGAAUCAAUUCAAGUUUUAUCAAUUAAAAUGAAAACUUAUACAUAAAUUACGCUUAUGCUUUACACAAAAUUAAACAUUGCCAUUAAAUUUCAAUCUAACAUUAAUUAAAUUAUAUAAGUUUAAAAUUAAAAAAAUUGGUGCUUGGAUCACAGCUUUUGCACUAAACGAUUUUGCACACACUAAUUAUUUUAAAAAUAUUAUAAAUGUGUAAUAACAAAUAAUUAAUUAAAACUAAAUGUAACUUAUCAAUGCAAGUGCGUAGAUGAAUAAAAUUUUUAAUUAAUCAUCAA